AUGAUCCACGCCGUGCUCAUCUUCAACAAUACUGGUCUUCCGCGACUUACAAAAUACUUCGUGCCGCCGUCACAACGUGCACACAUCUCACCGAAAGCGAUCUUCUCGCUUGUCUCGCAGCGCGCUCCUCAACUAUGCAACUUUCUGGAUGUUCCCCACCAGUCGCCUUUGCGUCGUACGAGCUCAGGUCUUGGAACAGCGACCGGUGACGAAAAGUCCGGCUGGGAGAACGGAAGGACCCCGGUCGAGGUUGACAGGGUGAUAUACCGGAACUACGCCACGUUGUACUUUGUUUUUGUGGUGGAUGAAGGAGAGAGCGAGCUGGGGAUAUUAGAUCUUAUCCAGGUCUUUGUCGAGUCCCUGGAUCGGUCCUUUGAGAAUGUGUGUGAGCUCGAUCUGGUGUUCCACUUCGACGAGGCACAUGCAAUAUUAUCCGAAAUUGUCCAGGGCGGCGUCGUGCUAGAAACAAAUGUCGACGCGAUUCACGAAGCUACCCAAGCGGCUGCGCAGGCAAGACGGUCGUCCUUUGCUGCCGCGAAUCCGCUCGCGCUCGGGAGCGGAUCUGGAGUAAGCAGUCGAGGGGCGGGUGAGGGGCUUGUGACUCCGCUCGGGUGGGUUACGGGGAAGUUGUUAGGUGGAAGGGCGAGGUAGAAACCUGUUGAUGAUAGAUUGUAUAAUCAUUGUAUAAAGUAAAC